AUGGAAAAGAAAUCAACCACAGGUGUUUUCAUGAGCAUUUUACCCGAAGACGCACUGGAAAUUGGCCGCAGUAGGAGAACUACUAUAUCUCGUAGCUAUCCCUUCCCAGCCACCGUUCGUCGUAUUUGGUUCUACACCACCUCUCCGUUACAGUAUAUUGGUAUGGAUGUUGAAGCGGCCUAUUUGCCUGCAUCAAGCUAUCGAGCGCGGUAUACUGAAAGCUCCUCCGAUAAAGUACUGUUAGACGACUGA